GUGGUAUGUUGCUCUGGAUGGGAUGUGAGACAGUGGGUCGAACGUAGGAGGAGAAUGGCGUACACACAGUUGGAACCCAUCAAUAAGGGUCUUCUGUCCAGACUGUCUGACUUCCUGUUGUGUCACUGGCCAUGCCGGUCCUGUUGGCAGUGGUGCUGGGAGUGUUGCUGCUGUCAAACCACUGAUGAGGAGUUGGAAAUUCUGGGGCCUUUCCCAGCUCAGACUCCAUCAUGGCUUGUCAAUGAAUGUAAUGACGAGAAAGGCUCAAAUUCUCACAUCAUGGCCUAUGACCCUUCUUCAUCUGCUCCAUCUGAAACCGCCACAAACUGCAGGCCAUCCACUUCAGAGACCUCACGCUCCACUUUCAGCCUGGUCGGCCAGCUAGCAAGUCUGAAUGCCCGAAGACCCAGCUCCCCUAUGGUAGAUGUAAAGCCUAUAGAAUUUUGGGCCAUUGGACCCAGGAAAGAAGUGGUGCAGCCCUUGCGUAAACCCCCGACACCACCAGAUGACUAUUUCCACAAACUGGAGCCUCGUCUGUACUCCUUAGACUCAUGUAGUGAUGAUGUUGACUCUCUGACUGAUGAGGAGAUUCUGGUACGAUACCAACUGGGCAUGCUGCACUUCAGCACACAGUAUGAUCUCAUCAACGGCCACCUCAGUGUGCGAGUCAUCGAGGCCCGGGACCUGCCCCCACCCGUAACGUGUGAUGGUGCUCGCCAGGACAUGGCCCACUCAAACCCCUAUGUGAAGAUGAGCCUACUGCCUGACCACAAGAACUCCAGGCAGACUGGGGUCAAACGCAAGACCCAAAACCCAGUUUUUGAGGAACGAUUCACUUUUGAGGUCCCAUUUCUAGAGGCCCAAAGGCGCACUCUGCUGCUCUCUGUGGUUGACUUUGACAAGUUUUCACGGCACUGUGUCAUUGGAAAAGUGUCUCUCUCUCUUAAUGAGGUUGAUUUAGUAAAAGGAGGACAUUGGUGGAAGGCCCUGGUGCCCAGCUCUCAGAAUGAGGUUGAGCUGGGUGAGCUUCUGCUAUCCUUAAACUACCUUCCCAGUGCUGGCAGGCUGAAUGUGGAUAUUAUCCGAGCAAAGCAACUGCUUCAGACAGACAUGUGCCAAGGUUCAGAUCCUUUUGUGAAGGUGCAGUUAGUGACAGGUCUAAAGCUGGUGAAGACCAAGAAAACAUCCUGUAUGAGGGGCACCAUCGACCCCAGCUACAAUGAGUCCUUCAGUUUCCGUGUACCUCAAGAGGACCUGAGUGAAGUCAGCCUUGUAUUCACAGUUUAUGGGCACAACAUGAAGAGUAGCAACGAUUUUGUCGGUCGCAUUGUGAUCGGCCAGUUCUCAACCGGCACACAGGAAACCACACACUGGCGCCGGCUGCUGAGCUCCAAGCGCACCCCGGUGGAACAGUGGCACAGCCUGCACUCCCGUGCCGAAUGUGACCGUGUCUCCCCGGCUUCUCUUGAGGUCACAUAAUACUAACACAGUACUGUCAGCAGAGGAGGUGGGAUACAGAGAUACAGAAAUGAACUUUGUGGAUUUACUGAGUAACAAACAUCUGAGAGUUUCUUGAGGUUUCUGCAUAGUUUUAAAGUGACACUUCACCCAAAGAAUUGUAAUUAUGUCAUAAUUUAUUCGCCGUCAUGUUGUUUCAAACCUGUUUUUGACUUUCUUUCUUCCGUGGAAUACAAAAGGAGAUUUAAGGCAUAAUAUUAGCCUCAGUCACAACUGACUUUCAUUUUUUUUAUUUUAUGAAAGUGAAUAGUGACUAACAAGAUCCUAACAUGCUUCCGAAUGUCUCUGUUUGUGUUCCACUGAAGAAAGAAAGUCAUAUGGGUUUUUAACAACAUGAAGGUGAAUAAAUUAUGACAUUUUUGGGUGAAUUAUCCCUUUAAUAUUUAAAAGACAAACAAAUAUCCCACUCCUCAGAUUCCAUUGAAUGGUGGAAUUUGUCUUGAAAUUACAGUAUUUUCUUAUGUAGACCUCACUCUCCCUUGCAAUUAUUACAAUGGGGAGAUAUUGAUUAUAUUCUGCUGAAAAGACCAGCUUCUACCAGUAUGAAUUCCUGUGGUGGUCCUAGUUGAGUUAUUCUGGAUGGCACUAGUUUACAGGAAUGGUUCACCAAAAAAUGAAAAUUCUCUCAACAUUUAAACUCCCUUAGGCCAUCCCCAUCUUCUACUGAACUCAAACAAAUAUUUUUAGAAGAAUAUCUCAUCUCUGUUGGUCCCUUCACUGCAAGUGAAUGGUGACCAGACCUUUCAAGCUCCAAAAAGGCUGCAUAAAGUAUAUAUAAAGUAUAAAAUAUGUCUUCUGAAGCGAUUCAAUCACUUUGGGUGAGAAACAGAUACAAUUUCCAAUUCUUUUUUGCUAUAAAUGAGAGAGAAAGAUUGUGAAAGUGGUAGUAAAAAAGGACUUACUUAUUUUUACAUUUUUCUCACCCACACCUAUAUUUAUUUCUGAAAACAUAAUUUAACCACUGCAGUCUUAUGGAUUACGUUAUGCUGCCUUAAUGCUAUUUUACAAGCUUGAAAGUUCUGGUCACCAUUCACUUGUAUUGUAUCCUACAGAGCUGAGAUAUUAUCCUAAAAAUCUUCAUUUGUUUCCUGCUGAAGAGAGCAUUUUCAUUUUGGGGUGAACUAACUCUUUAAGGUGGUGUAGCAGGUGGAGCAAAACCUAAGUGCUGAAGCUGGUUGACAAAGGACAUCUUGCCGAUUAAGUGAGAUAAGAAGCCUGAUGGCACCAGCAAUCAGUAUGGGGACCAGCAUCAUACAUAACAUAUGCUGGUGAGCAUGUAAGGUGGUCUUCUCAGCAGGGUAGAAAAGACCUCAGAGUGUUUUUCCAUUCAUAAUUGUGAGCAGAAGCCUGCUGUCCAUGGUUUCUUUUUAUCACAUUGAUACUAUCUUACACAAGAACUCAAUAAUUGAAUCAUCAUUUGACCCUCAGCUACAUUCAGGCUGCUCAGGCAGCUGUAGGCAGCCGAGACCACUUGGCUGAGAUGCAGUGUUUUAAUAAUCAUUUCAUAUGAUUACUGAUAAUCAUUUUUUUGAAGUAGUUGGAAAUCAGUCCAAAUCCUGUGGUGGCACAAUAUUUUUAUUUCCUGCAGGUUUGAUUAUUUAAAGUUAGCAUUUUACACCAAAGAUUGUGUUUAGGGAUCUAUAUCACUUUUUUCCAUGCACAUUGUUACCUUAGAUUGUGUUUAUAGGAACAGUUCAUCCCCAAAAUUGCAACAUUGCAAUUGCAAUAUUCACCCUCAUGUUGUUCCAAACACGUAAUAAGCUAACAUUCAUAUGGGGUUGGAACAACGUGAGGGUGAUUAAAUGAUGAACACAUUUUCAUUUUGAGGUUAACUAUCCCUUUAAGUGUUUAUGAGUGUGUGUGCAUUUGGUAAAUAUUGGCACAUAUGGCAGCUGAGGUCUGUAUACACGUAAAAAUGCAUUAGUGUUAAUGUCUACAAAAGUGAACAUAUUUUGGGCAAUAUAGUGCCAUGCCAACAAGGUGCAGGCAGAUACAUGUAUUUCUCUUCACUAUGUUACAGUCACUCCUAGUCAAAUGCUUUUGCCAAGUUCAGUCCAUAUGUUGUAUAAGCUACAUGUUGGAGAUGUAUUUUGUCUUUUCUUCUCAAUUGUCAAUUGUCUAUACAUUAUAUAGGCAUAAAUAGGACGAUGUGACUGGGGAAAAUAUACAUAUUUAGCAUAGAAUCUAAGUGCAAUCAGAAACGUUUCUGUAUCUGUCUUCUUUCUUGUGUGACCUGUGUGACCUGUGUGUGCUAAGUGGUUGUUUCAGGUCAAGAGUCAAUUUUACGAUUCCACCAUGUUAAUGUUAAUGUAGAUGACUGUCAAAAUGAUUAGAGUGGUAAUAAUACUGGAGUGGUGUGGCAUAGUGGGCUAAAGCACAUAACUGUAAAGCAAAAGGUUGCUGGUUCGAUCCCCACAGCCACCACCGUUGUGUCCUUGAGCAAGGCACUUAACUCCAGGUUGCUCCGGGGGGAUUGUCCCUGUAAUAAGUGCACUGUAAGUCGCGUUGGAUAAAAGUGUCUGCCAAAUGCAUAAAUGUAAAUGUAAAUGUAAUACAUAAUAAUAAUGAUGCUGUUCCAGUGAAGAUAUUUAUUUAUUUAGAUUAUAAAUGCAUAUAAUAAUAGAUAUAUGUUUUUCUCUGCACACAUAUCUGUUUAUAAUUUAAAUAUAUGGUUUUAAUAAAAAAGCCAUAUAUUUGUAGCCUAAACUGAAAGCUUUACGCCAAACCCAAGCUUCAACCUCAAAUUAAAAUGAACCCAAGCCAGAUUCAAACUCGGGAUGCUCACACGUAACACAACGGAGCAAGGUUGUGUUACUUAGACAGACAGUGCAAGGUUGUCAAUGGAAACAUUUGACAUUUUAUAACAGUGAAAGCUAUGUGUGCUUCUUAAUUAGAAUGUCUUUCCUAGACCAGUCCUUCUGAGGCAGUAGGCUAGGCUCCUCCUCAGCAUUCAGUGCUAGAAUGAGAUGGUCUAGUAAGAGCGCAUGGCUACAUCAUAAAGAUUUCUGUCUCCACGGUCACAGCGUGAAAACUUUGAAGAGUGAAAAGAGAGAACAAGAUGACAGAUGUGGAAAUUGUCAUAUGACAACCAUCUAUAAACAACUGUGGUAUAUUGUGAAACCGUUGCAUAUCUAAUGCACAUUACCAGUGGUUUGUCAGUCAUACAUUAUGGGCAUCAAUGCCUCCACCUCCGAAAACAGAUAAGUACAUGAAGUAACACUUUGCAAUACAUUUCUUAACAGACUCGGGUGAGCGCUGUGCCAACUCAUUUUCUGUUAUUUCUUUAUAAAUUGGAAUCUGAUCAAGGGAUUGUGAGUGACUUAAGGUAGUGAAGGAUGCACUUUAUGCAUCCUCCAAAAUAUGGCAAACGAAUUCUGAGGAAUGAGGCUGCCUUCCAAGGGUCCUCACAACUGAGAUGGCCUUUGACGCUGCUUGAUAAUGUAGCAGCUGAGAUAACCAGUCUAACUAGGUUGCAGCUUUCUGAUUGAAAAGCACCCUAUGUAGCGAUGUUAAUGUUUCUUGUUUCUUGAGCCUGAAUGAAUGAAUACGUUUCUGACUGAAAAGCAUUGAUUUUCCUCCACUGAAAAUAGAGACUUUUGAAAACACUCUCUAGUAUUGCAUACUUGAAAAAUUAUGCCAUUAAAAAAUGGAUUACUGAGUUCAACAAAAUACUGAGGUUAUUGUAUCUGAAUUCUGUUAUUUAAAAAUAUCUACAUUUUACAACUACAUAGAUCACUCAGGCAUUGCACUAAUUUAAUCACUAAAAUGAUUCAGGGCUUGUUUGUGUAUAAAUGUUUCCUCUGAGGACUAUAAGACUAGUUAUUUGAUUGCUCUCUUCAGCAAUAGGGGAACAGCUUAACCCUGCUGUCUUCAUGAGUCCUGGGUCUGUGUCUGGCACACAAUGAUUGAAAUGACCAUGUUCACGUGCAUAUGAGACCAAAUUUAAAAACUAAAAUACUCAACAUAUUUAAAAAUGGAUGUUAUAUGACAGGAAUACCCAGGCACUGUGUCAUGGGCAAACAUUUUUACUAAAUUCCCUGCUGGAGAGGCAGUUAAGGGCCCCCAUCGGCAGUGACAAUCAACUUUAAAAUCUCUCUCUGCUGAACUCAAAAACUUGGACCUUGAUUAAUGAUAUGCAUAUACAGUAUGGCAUGCUGUAAGUAUUUAGAGCCAAUAAGGCUGUUAACUGACAGAGCUGUAUGGAAAGGAACAAAGAUUUUGCAAUCACUAAUUGGCAUAGUCCAUGAGCUGGAGACAGAAGAAUUAAAGGUCAUCUGCCAGACUAAGGUUAAGCUCUUUCUGUCUUUUUGUCAACAAAUACUUAAAUCCCUACUCUUUCAAAAUCUCACCUCUUAGGUCAAUGUAGAUCAAUGUGCACCAAUGAACAUUGACAGAACUCUGGAUGACAGGUUAAAGCAAGAGUCAGGACUAAUGAUAUACCUUAUAAUAUAUACCUAUAUAUAUUUUAAUAAGAAAUUUAUAAAAUUUUGGACAUAACAAUAUUAAUUCUUCUUUGAAAAGUCACAUAGGAUGCUCUUAGGUAUAUUUUCAAAUCAUGCUGGGAUAACAUGGAUUAAUUCAGAAAUUAAUGUUAAUUUGUAAAUUCAACCUAUAUAUUAAUGAGACGUUAUCAGCUAUCGAAUCCUGGCAAACACAAUUUGAAAACAAGCAAAUACUGUCCUCACAGCAAGAAUAGGCAUCUGGUGAAGGGCGGGGAUCUCAGUUUUCCUUAAAAAAUAUCCGCAAACUCAGAGUUCAGUCUGAAGUCUCUUGUGCAACUCACUAUCUGUGUGGAAACCAGCAAAGUGUAGGUGUCUGGGUGGAAUGGGAAUGGACUGAUACUUAAUUUACAACAACAGCAUUAACAUCAAUAUCCAUUAUCAACAUGAAUAAUCAACAGCAUUUCUGGAGUGGGAAAAAUAUUCCCAAAAGUAUGUGUAUGUCAUGACUCAAGUUUUCUGAACAAGCCCCAGAGGAACGAUAAAUCCUGGCACUAUAACAACAACAGGGGUGGGGAACUGGAAUAUGAAGUUGAUGGGAGAGAAGUGGGGAGUGCAGUUAUAACAGGUUGGAGCCAGCUCAUUGUCACUGCAAUGAUGGAGACGAGAAGACACCUUGUUGCUGUGUGAUUGAGGGAUGUCGGGAUGUCAUUGUUGACUAUUAAUAACUGCAAAAUCAAUCGAUUUGGUGAG